AUGAUAAUUCUCAGGAUAGGUUUCUUCCUAGUUCUGUUGUGUAUCGAGCUUUUAUCUUCUUCAUACGCUGCAACGGACUCGAACACGUACGUGGUCCACAUGGACAUGUCAAAAAUCAAAUCUUUAGACAAUUUAACUCUAAAAUCUCCCGAAAAAUUGUACAAACAACUAAUCGAGUCCAUCAGCAUUGCCACAGCAGCCGAAGACAAAGCUAAUCUAGACCAUAUAAGUCCAAAUGCUCAACUCCUCUACGUUUACGAUAACAUAAUCUCAGGCUUUUCGGCAAAACUCUCCACAAAACACCUCACAUCCUUAAAAAAAGUCGAUGGCUUCCUCUCUGCCACCCGGGACGAGCUACUCCAACUCCACACGACACACUCCCCUCGUUUUCUCGGGCUUCGGGAGAAAAUGGGCCUGUGGAGUUCCAAAAACCUGGCCCAAGAUGUAAUUAUCGGGAUAAUCGACACAGGAAUAUGGCCCGAGCACCCGAGUUUUUCCGGCACGGGCCUACCUCCUGUGCCUUCCCGCUGGAAAGGGAAAUGCCAGCGCGGCCCGAAAUUCCCUGCCUCGAAAUGCAACAGAAAGCUUAUCGGCGCUGGUGCAUUUUACAAAGCGUACGAAGCCAUUGCUGGAAGAAUAAACGAGACGUUAGAUUACAGGUCGCCUCGUGACUCUCAGGGCCAUGGCACACAUACUGCUUCAACCGCAGGUGGCAAUCUGGUAAAAGGCGCGGACUUUCUAGGCCUGGCCAAGGGAAAAGCUGCUGGCAUGAGGUACACGGCUCGACUGGCGGCAUACAAAGCAUGUUACACGUUGGGCUGCACAAGUUCGGAUGUAUUAGCUGCCAUGGAGAAGGCAUUAUCAGACGGCGUAGAUAUUUUGUCACUCUCUUUGGGAGGCGCGCCAAAGCCGUAUUAUCUCGAUAAUAUUGCCAUUGGAGCAUUUGGUGCCGUGCGUAGAGGAGUUAGCGUUAUUUUGUCGGCUGGGAAUGGAGGCCCGUUUGGCGGUACAGUCAGCAAUGCUGCCCCGUGGAUGAUGACAGUUGGCGCCAGCUACACGGACCGCCGGUUUUUUACCCGAGUCCGGUUAGGUGACGGCCGGGUUUCCACAGGUUCCUCGUUGUAUACUGGCAAACCAACCAGGAUGUUACCAUUGGUGUAUGGAGAAAGCAGAGAAGCGCAGCUCUGCAUCACCAGCUCCCUGUCUCGAAAACAGGUCGAGGGCAAAAUCGUCAUUUGCGACAGAGGAGGCAACGGGCGAGUCGCGAAAGGCGAAGUCGUGAAGUCGGCCGGUGGGGCCGGCAUGAUCCUCGCAAACAACCAAAUCCAGGGCGAAGAACUCUUCGCCGACCCGCACAUUCUACCCGCCACGUCACUAGGAGCAUCCGCAUCGAAUGCCGUCAAAAAUUACACGUCAUCAUCCGCAUUCCCCCCCACGGCCUCCAUCGAGUUCUUGGGCGACGUGUACGAAAACCGAGCUCCCGUCAUGGCCGCAUUCUCCUCCCGUGGACCCAGCCUGAUCGGGCCCGACAUCGUCAAGCCCGACGUGACGGGCCCAGGAGUGGACAUCCUCGCCGCAUGGCCCGAAAAUCUCAGCCCGACCGAGCUCGACUCGGACAAAAGGCACGUUCUGUUCAAUAUAAUUUCGGGGACUUCCAUGUCGUGCCCCCACGUGAGUGGGAUAAUCGGGCUGUUGAAGUCCAUGCACGUCGGCUGGUCACCCGCCGCAUUGAAAUCGGCCCUCAUGACGACAGCCGGGACCCGCGACUCGAGGAACGGCCCGAUUUUAGAUGCUGCGUUCAACGGGUCGGGUUUUGCCACUCCAUUUGAUUUCGGGUCGGGCCAUGUGGAUCCGGAACGGGCUUCCGAUCCGGGCCUGGUUUACGACAUCUCGACCGAGGACUAUCUGGAUUAUUUGUGCAGCCUGAACUACACCUCUGCACAGAUCAGGGUUUUUGCUGGUGGGGCAUUUGCUUGCUCUAAUAAGCCUCCUAGUGACUUAAACUACCCCUCUUUUGCAGUAAAUUUAAGUAAAAAAGGUGGGAAUUUUACUGUGACUUACAUGAGGACAGUUACAAAUGUUGGGGGUAAAGAGAGUCAUUAUUCUGUGAGGGUGGUUGAGCCUGAUGGGGUUCUUGUUGUUGUGCAGCCUAAAGUUCUUGAAUUUAGUGAAUUAGGAGAAAAAUUGAGUUAUAGUCCGCUUUACCCGUACGCCUACCCGCCGCCACCUCAGCACCCUCACUACCCUCACCCGUACGCCCACUCGCCUUCCGGCCACCUGAACUACCCCUACCCUCCGCUUUCCGGCCACUGCCCGCCGGAUUAUGCCCAUUACCCUCCUUACCAGUACCCAGCUUACUCGGGCCCGCAUUCUCAUCCUCCUCCCCAGGCCCAGCCCACCCUCCAGACCUACGGCAGCUUCCAGGGCUCGUUCCACUACCUCAACCACCAGCUGUCGGGCCAGCUUCAGCUUCCGCCCGAUUCUCAAUCUGAAGUGGGCCCACCGAAACCCAAUAACAACGACCCCCCCUCGGUUUGCGACUCGUCGGCUAACUCCAACCGUCCGCCGGACAAUCAUUCUCCGAACUACCCCUCCAUCUACCCGCCCAUCGACGAUCAGAUUUCAGGCCUUCAUUUGUCCGAAAGCCCGAGCAAACCAUCCACCCCAGCCUCUCCCCCGCUCCCUUCAGCCGAACCCCCUCAGAAAUUCCACUCGGGCCCGCUGCCAAUGACUGGCAGCAACCAUCACAGGCCCGGGACAUUUCCCGGGCUCCAAAGUAACUCGUUCUCUGGCCCUACUGGCAGAACGGAAUUGGGCUUGAGCUCACAAGAAAACGUCCCGUACAGCGGUAACAUGCAGCUCGUGCAUGUCCCGUCACUCAAGACAUCUCUAAAAGUUCUGCUUCUGCACGGGAACUUGGACGUUUGGGUGCACGAGGCCAAGAACCUCCCGAACAUGGAUAUGUUCCACAAGACUCUUGGAGACAUGUUCAAUAAGCUGCCGGGCAAUGUAGGCAGCAAAAUCGAGGGGCAGAUGAACCGGAAGAUCACGAGCGACCCGUACGUGUCGAUAACAAUAAUGGAGGCCACGCUCGGGAGGACCUACGUUAUAAGCAACGAUGAGAAUCCCGUCUGGAAUCAGAACUUCAUAAUCCCCGUGGCCCAUAGUGCGGCCGAGGUUAAUUUCGUCGUGAAGGAUAAUGAUGUGGUGGGGUCACAGCAUAUAGGGACUGUGUCAAUCCCAGUCGAGCAUAUAUACGGAGGGGGAACAGUUCAGGGGUUUUUCCCCAUUCUUAAUGCGAGCGGUAAACCGUGCAAGGCAGGGGCUGUUUUGAGCCUCUCGAUACAGUAUCACCCGAUCGAGAAAUUGAGUGCUUAUCGUAAUGGGAUUGGGGCGGGUCCAGAUUAUGUGGGUGUUCUUGGUACUUAUUUUCCUCUCAGGAGAGGUGGGUCCGUGACCCUGUACCAGGAUGCACAUGUACCGGAUAAUUCCCUCCCGAACCUGAAGCUCGACAAUGGGAUGCAUUAUAUUCACGGGAAGUGCUGGCGUGAUAUAUUUGACGCGAUACGGCACGCUCGUCGGUUGAUUUAUAUCACGGGGUGGUCUGUGUGGCAUAAAGUUAGGCUCAUUAGGGAUGAUAGUUCGGUGUCUGAUUAUACAUUGGGCGAGCUUUUGAAGUCAAAGUCGCAGGAAGGAGUGAGAGUGCUGCUGCUUGUGUGGGAUGAUCCUACGUCGAGAAGCAUACUUGGAUACAAAACGGACGGAGUCAUGCAAACUCAUGAUGAAGAAACUCGCCGUUUUUUCAAACAUUCUUCUGUUCAAGUGCUGCUUUGUCCUAGAGUGGCUGGAAAGCGUCACAGUUGGGUUAAGCAGAGGGAAGUUGGGGUGAUUUACACGCACCACCAGAAAACGGUUGUGGUCGAUGCUGAUGCCGGAAAUAACAGAAGAAGAAUAAUAGCUUUCUUGGGAGGGCUCGAUUUGUGUGAUGGCCGAUAUGAUACUCCCGAGCACCAUAUUUUUAGAACUCUGCAAACUUUGCACUCGGAUGACUAUCACAACCCAACUUACGCGGGAAAUGUGGCUGGUUGUCCAAGAGAGCCAUGGCACGAUCUGCACUGUAAGAUUGACGGGCCCGCAGCAUACGAUGUUUUGUCUAAUUUCGAGGAGCGGUGGCUAAAAGCCUCAAAGCCUCACGGGAUUAAAAAACUCAAGAUUUCGUACGAUGAUGCUUUGCUGCGGAUAGAAAGAAUGCCCGAAAUAUUGGGUUUGUCUGAUGCUCCGUGCGUGAGUGACGAAGAUCCCGAGGGUUGGCAUUGCCAGAUUUUCCGAUCGAUUGACUCGAACUCUGUCAAAGGCUUUCCAAAGGAUCCUAAAGAGGGGACAAUGCGGAACUUGGUAUGUGGAAAGAACGUUCUUAUAGACAUGAGCAUUCAUACAGCAUAUGUGAAGGCCAUUCGUGCCGCACAACACUUCAUAUACAUUGAAAAUCAGUAUUUCAUUGGGUCCUCGUACAAUUGGAACCAAUACAAAGAUGUCGGUGCUAAUAAUUUGAUCCCAAUGGAAAUCGCGCUAAAAAUAGCCGAAAAAAUACGAGCCCAUGAGAGAUUCGCUGCUUAUAUCGUCAUACCUAUGUGGCCCGAAGGCAAUCCUACAGGAGCCGCCACACAGAGGAUCUUAUUCUGGCAGAAUAAGACGAUGCAAAUGAUGUAUGAAACUAUAUACAAAGCUUUGGUGGAAGUUGGGCUCGAAGAUGCUUAUUCGCCUCAAGAUUAUUUGAAUUUUUAUUGCCUAGGAAAUCGUGAGGCUGUCGAAGCUAAUGAUUUUUCUGAGACUCAACCUCCCACAAAUAAUCCUCAGGGACUUAGCCGAAAAAACCGUAGAUUCAUGAUUUACGUUCACUCGAAAGGGAUGAUCGUGGACGAUGAGUAUGUGAUAUUGGGGUCUGCAAACAUUAACCAACGGUCCAUGGAGGGCACUCGAGACACUGAGAUUGCAAUGGGAGCCUAUCAACCUCACCACACGUGGGCUCGAAAACUAUCGAGCCCUCAAGGACAGAUAUACGGAUACAGAAUGUCUUUAUGGGCCGAGCAUCUCGGGUUCUUGGAGGAGUGCUUUACUCGGCCCGAAUCACUUGAAUGUGUUCGGCGUGUAAGAUCAAUGGGGGAGACUAACUGGGAACAAUACGCGUCGCCCGACAUAACCGAGAUGAGGGGACAUUUGCUUAAAUACCCAGUCGAGGUUGACCGACAGGGAAAAGUCAAGCCUCUUCCAGGUAGCGAAUCCUUUCCGGACGUUGGUGGGAAUAUAGUCGGCUCGUUUCUCGCGAUACAAGAGAACCUAACUAUUUAA